AUGACCAGGGUCUCCGGGGCGCGCCCGCCUGCCCCGCUCGGCCGCACCCAGCUGGAGAAGGCGCCCUGAGCAGCCACCCUCCCGGUCCCACCCAGACGCCCUCCCGCCCCAGCCCCUGCCAGGACCCGGACCCCAGCCGUUCUCCCAGGGGGCCCAAGCCCCUUCCUGUCGUCCCUCAUGGCCUGGCUCCUGCCGCUGGUCCUCUGCCUCGCUCUGGGUGUGGCUCCGGGCUGCGUGUCCCGCGUUGCCCCUGCGGGCACCAGCGAGCCCCCGGGCGCGCAGACGGGGGCUCCCGCGGAGGACGAGACCCUGCAGAACGAGGCGGACAACCAGGAGAACGUCCUGUCGCAGCUGCUGGGAGACUAUGACAAGGUGAAGGCCGUGGCCGAGGGCUCCGACUGCCAGUGCAGGUGUGUGGUGAGGCCCCUGGGCCGGGACGCCUGCCAGAGGGCCGCCGAGGGGACCGCCAGGAAGGAGGAUGUCUACACCGUGGAAACCAUCACCUCCGGCUCGUCCUGCAAGUGUGCCUGCGUGGCUCCGCCGUCUGCCCUCAACCCCUGCGAGGGGGACUUCAGGCUCCAGAAGCUCCGGGAGGCCGACAGCCGGGAUUUGAAGCUGUCCACCGUCAUAGACAUGCUGGAAGGUGCGCUCUACGGCCUGGACCUGCUGAAGCUGCACUCGGUCACCACCAGGCUGGUGGGGCGCGUGGACAAGCUAGAGGAGGAAGUUUCCAGAAACCUCACCAAGGAAAACAAGCAAAUCAGAGACGACGUGGAGGGAAUUCGAACUGAGAUGAACAAGCGAGACAGAGAGAAGUGUUCCCGGGACGUCCCGGAGCGCGGCCCGGACGCCCGCUCAGCCGUGCAGCUGGACGCGGCACUCGGCCCGUGGGGUCUGGGGACAUGGGAGGACGGCGGGCAGGCGGGGACUGAUCGUGGCGCCCGCCCCCGCCCCAAGCCAGCUCCAGGCCAGAAGCUGUGCACAAGGACAGCUGGUAACUCCCUGGCCUCGCCCAUGAUGACCACUUCGAUGCUUUUGGGAAAUCCUCCCCGUGUCCCCCCCGAGGAGCAGUACGAGGAGCGGUUUCUGCGGGAGGAAACCGUGUCCCAGCAGGUCAACGCCAUCGAGCUGCUGCAGACGCGGCCCCUCGCGCCGCCCGAGGCGCGGCGGCCACAGCGGCCCCUGCAGAGGCGGGUCCUCCUGCGGGAACGAGACCCGCAGCCCACUCCCAGUGCCUGCGGCCCCCGGACAGGCUCCCCGGCCCUGCGCCCGCCACCCGCAUCUGCCCCCUGCACCCUCUGCCCCACUGGCACGGCGUCCCCCAGCCCUGCCCCGGGCGCCGACGAGGACGACAUCCGGAACGUCAUAGGACGGUGCAAGGACACCCUGUCCACAAUCACGGGGCCCACCACGCAGAACACGUACGGGCGGAACGAAGGGGCCUGGAUGAAGGACCCCCUGGCCAAGGACGAGCGCAUCUACGUGACCAACUACUACUAUGGCAACACGCUGAUGGAGUUCCGCAACCUGGAAAGCUUCAAACAGGGCCGCUGGAGCAACUCGUACAAGCUGCCCUACAGCUGGGUGGGCACCGGGCACGUGGUGUACGGCGGCGCCCUGUACUACAGCCGCGCCUUCACCCGCAACAUCAUCAAGUACGACCUGCGCCUGCGCUUCGUGGCCGCCUGGGCCCUGCUGCACGACGUGGCCUACGCCGAGGCCACGCCCUGGAGCUGGCACGGCCACUCGGACGUGGACUUCGCCGUGGACGAGAACGGCCUGUGGCUCAUCUACCCGGCCCUGGACGACGGGGGCUCCAGCCAGGAGGUCAUCGUCCUGAGCAAGCUGGACGCCGCCGACCUGAGCACGCGGAAGGAGACCACGUGGCGCACGGGGCUGCGCCGCCACGUGUUCGGCAACUGCUUCGUCAUCUGCGGGGUGCUGUACGCCGUGGACAGCCGCAGCCAGCGCAACGCCAACAUCUCGUACGCCUUCGACACGCACACCAACACGCAGACCGUCCCGCGGCUGCUGUUCGAGAACGAGUACGCCUACACCACCCAGGUGGACUACAACCCCAAGGACCGGCUGCUCUACGCCUGGGACAACGGCCACCAGGUCACCUACCACGUCAUCUUCGCCUACUGACCGCCGGCG